AAUUAUAUGGGCCCCUUCAGAGUGGAGCACCAUUAUAGGAAAUUGCAGAGUUAACCCGAGGCCAUAUAAAGUUAUAAAGCUUGAGCACUUUGAGUUCAAAAAUUGGAAGAAGCUAGGGGAUGAGCAGCUCGUCCUUACAAAAACAGGGCUAAAAAUGAAUAGUGUAAGACAAGCUUUUUUUCAAAAAGGAUCACCGGAAGUCGCAGUCAAAUAUACCUAUGACAGAAGUCCUGAAUACGAUUUGUGUUUUGAGUUGAACUACAAUAAGGGUGGUCGAAAACGACAAGAAAAGGCCUUUUCUGAACCUGAAAGAAUUUAUAAGCAACUGCUUUCAAUAUCCGAAUUAAAAAGAAGGGAUUUGGAUAAACUUUGCAAAAACAAUGUCAUACCUGCCAGGUUUCACGAUGAAUUUUUUAAACCGAAAUCAAAGUCUUCUGUUCAAGAUGAGUUAGCAGAGAGUGAUGCAGAGGAUGACAAGGAGGAUGAAAGCUCCGAAUCUUAA